AUGGCUGUCAAUCCUAUAACAUGGGGCUUGGUGGUUGGUGGUGCUACUGGUGGCCUAUCGGGUGCAACUGGAAAAUUCAUCUCCGACAACAAGGCGACUGGACAAUUGGCAGGUGCUAUUGUUGGUGCUCUAGCAGGUGGAUUAGCAGGAGGUUUUGUUGGUGCUGCGACAGUUACCACUCUCAGUACGACAUUGGGAGCGAUUGGUGGUGGUUCUGCUGGAGGUAUAUCAGGUUCUGUGUUAGGAUACAUUACCGCAGGAAAAACAUAUGAUGUAGUUGUUGAAAAAAAAUAA